AUGGCGUCUCCGAGAACUAGUGAAUCGGUCCGCAGCAGCAUCGGUGGCUGCGGGCUGCUUCUAAUCACCUCGUUCAUGCUGCUCCUACGGUGCAGUGCGGGGGAUUAUGAAAAUACGUGGAAUUUCUACUACGAGCAACCGUGCUGCGGAAGCGGCCAGUCGUCGAGCAACGGAAUUGGGCUUAACGGCCAGCAUCACCUGCGACAUCACAGAGAUCACGUACGAGAGUUCCAGUGCGGCAAGUUCUACUACCGAACGUUCUACCUUGACGAGGAGCGAGAUGCGCUCUACGUUGGCGCAAUGGAUCGCGUGUUUAAGCUGAACCUGAAAAACGUCAGCAUGACGCUGUGUGGGCGCGACAGCAUCCAGCUGGAUGCGACCAGCUCCGACGUCCGCAACUGCGUCUCGAAGGGCAAGAGUGAGAUGUUUGAUUGCAAAAACCACAUCCGAGUGAUCCAACCGAUGGACAGCGGAAACCGUCUCUACAUCUGCGGCACGAACGCGCACAACCCGAAGGACCUGGUGAUUUACUCUAACCUAACGCAGCUGUCACGGUCGGAGUACGUGCCCGGCAUUGGGCUGGGCAUUGCCAAGUGCCCGUACGAUCCGUACGACAACUCGACGGCGAUUUACGUGGAACAGGGCAAUCCGGGCGAUUUGCCGGCGCUGUACUCCGGGACGAAUGCCGAAUUCACGAAAGCCGACACGGUGAUAUUCCGCACCGAUCUGUACAACAUGACAACUGGCAAGAAGGUGUUUAACUUCAAGCGUACCCUGAAAUACGACUCCAAGUGGCUUGAUAAGCCCAACUUUGUCGGCUCGUUCGACAUCGGCGAGCACGUGUACUUCUUCUUCCGGGAGACGGCCGUCGAGUACAUCAACUGUGGCAAGGCGGUCUACUCGCGGGUGGCGCGCGUCUGCAAGAAGGACACCGGCGGCAAGAACAUCCUCAACCAGAACUGGGCCACCUACCUGAAGGCGCGCCUGAACUGCAGCAUCUCGGGCGAGUUUCCGUUCUACUUCAACGAGAUCCAGGACGUGUACCAGCUGCCGUCGGACAAGACCAAGUUCUACGCCACGUUCACCACCAGCACCAACGGGCUGGUCGGGUCAGCGGUCUGCAGUUUCGACAUUAACGAAAUUCAUGGCGCCUUCGCCGGAAAAUUCAAGGAACAGGCCUCAUCGAACUCCGCCUGGCUGCCGGUGCUGAACUCGAAGAUCCCCGAACCGCGGCCCGGUACGUGCGUCAAUGACACGUCCACCCUGCCCGACUCGGUGCUCAACUUUAUCCGCUCGCACCCGCUGAUGGACCGGGCGGUCAACCACGAGCACAACAAUCCCGUCUACUACAAGCGCGAUCUCGUCUUCACCAAGCUCGUCGUUGACAAAAUUAAGAUCGAAAUACUCAGCCAGGAGUACAUCGUGUACUACGUCGGCACGAACGCGGGCCGGAUCUACAAGAUCGUGCAGUACCUGCGGAACGGCGAGUCGAGGUCGAAGCUGCUGGACAUCUUCGAGAUCGCCCAGAACGAAGCGAUCCAGGUGAUGGAGCUGAGCCAGAAGCGCCAAUCGCUGUACGUGGCCACCGACUACCGGGUGAAGCAGAUCGAUCUGGCCAUGUGCAACCGACGGUACGAUAACUGCUUCCGGUGCGUGAAGGAUCCGUACUGUGGCUGGGAUAAGGACACCAGUACCUGCAAGCCGUACGAGCCAGGUCUUCUACAGGAUGUUGGCAACGAGACGUACGACAUUUGCGAUACGAGCGUGCUGAAGAAAAAAAUCAUCGUCACCUACGGCCAGAGCGUCCACCUGGGGUGCUUCGUGAAGAUUCCGGAAAUACUCAAGGACCAAACGGUUACGUGGUACCACCACUCGAAAGAGAAGGGCCGCUACGAGAUCAAGUACAACCCGACCAAGUACAUCGAGACGACGGAGCGCGGCCUGGUGGUGAUCUCGGUUAACGAGGCGGACGGUGGCCGCUACGAUUGCCAUCUCGGUGGGUCGCUCCUCUGCAGCUACAACAUCACGGUCGAUGCGCAUCGCUGCACGCCGCCGAACAAGACGAACGAUUACCAGAAAAUCUACUCCGACUGGUGCCACGAGUUCGAGAAGUACAAAUCGGCCAUGAAAACCUGGGAGAAGAAGCAAGCACAAUGUUCCAGACAAAACUACAGCAAUCAGCAUCCCAACGAUGUGUUCUCGCGAACUCCCAACGUCUGAUCUUAAGGCGCUCUCCGUAAGUAGCGACAAACGUUAGACCAUCGGGCGUCGGUGGUUUCUCUGUGA